AUGACCAUUCUCUCAAAGAGAGGAUUUGGCUUGGUUGGAAUGCGGAUAGAUGUUUCUUCUAAGGACCUCUCUACUCAAAUUCAUCUCACUGUUGUUUAUGGGCUUCACUCCAUUCAUGAUAGGCUUCCUUUGUGGGAGGGUCUUAGAAGCAUCUCUAUUCAGCAUUCCCCUUGGCUUUGUGUUGGUGACUAUAACUCUGUCCUUCAUACUUCAGAUAGGCUUCAUGGUACUGAUGUUAUUGAUUAUGAGACUAGAGACUUUCAAAGUCUGUUGAUGAUUUGGACCUCACUGAGAUCAAAAGCAAAGGGGCCUUCUACUCUUGGUCUAAUAAGGCUCAUACUGGCCCUAGAACUCUCUCUAGAAUUGACAGAGUUUUUGGCUUGGGGUUCUGGUAAUUCUGUUUGGAAGAAGCUUAAUUUUGUGAAGUCUAGUUUUAAGUCUCUUAAUAGCAAGCAGUUUGGUAACAUUGAGGGAAAGAUUGAUCAGGCUAAUGUUGAGCUUUCUAGAAUUCAAAACUUAAUGGCCCAGAAUCCUGAUGAUUUGGAUUUAUAUACUAAAGAAUCUGAUGCUAUUAAGGUUGUCAAACACUGGAAUGAUUUUCAGGAAAGCAUCUUCAAGCAAAAAUCUAGAAUCAAUUGGGUUAAGCUUGGAGAUGGCAAUUCUCACUAUUUCUUCUCUGUGAUGAAGACUAGACAGGCAAGGAAUAGGAUUGACUCCAUCUUUGAUUCUAAUCAGGUGUUUCUCAAGGAUCCAGAUGUUAUUUCUCAUGAAAUUAUCUCUUUCUAUAAGUCUCUUUUAGGGACUCAAGCCCCUUGGCUCCCUGCUGUUGACCUUCUCACUAUGCGGAGGGGUAAGCAGCUUAGCUUUGCUACUCAGAGCUACCUCAUUAGGCCUAUUGAAUUUGUUUUACUUUCAUUCGAGUAA